AUGAUUGAUUUAGGAAAAUUCAAAGGAACUAAUUUAUCUUUUUAAGAAAUUUAUUUAGAUCACGUUGAUUGGCAUGGAUUGGCUGUUUCAUAUUUAUUAAGAGGUUGUCCAUCUCUAUUUGGAUCUCUUUGGCCUAUUACUGAUAAAGAUGCCGAUCAAUAUGCUUUAGAUUUCAUUAAUGAAUAUGGUAAAAAUUAGGAUCUUAAACCUGAAUUAAUUAUUAUGUAAACAAAACCUAAAUGUAAUUUGAAAGUUUUAAAUGGUGCUGCAUUUGUACUUUAUGGAAUCCAUGAGAUGAAAUGA